UCAUGCUGCUGCCAGGUCCAGAGUCUCUCAUGGGUCCCUGUACGGCCUCCCAUUGCUGCUGUCUCCAUCGCCACACUCUGCCAUGUGCCACUUUCAGGUCCUCCUCACACUGCUGGUGUGUUCCAUUUUUUGUCAUAGGGUGCUGGCAGAUUACGGGCCUCCCAUAGCUGCUGCCAGGCCCCUAAUCUGCCAUGGGCCCCCCUAUACCGCCCUCCUCAUGCUGCUGCCAAGUCCAGAGUCUCUCAUGGGUCCCUGUACGGCCUCCCAUUGCUGCUGCCUCCAUCGCCACACUCUGCCAUGUGCCACUUUCAGGUCUCCUCACACUGCUGGUGUGUUCCAUUUUUUG